AUGAGCAAGAUUUUGUUGAAUGUCUCUGAUUUAACAGAUCUCAUCAAUAAUAUUAAUCAAUCCGAUAACAAUAGCAGCAAUAAUGAGGAUGAGUCGAUGAGGAUUCGAAUGUUUGUGCAACUAGUGGACAUACGGUAUUGUGAACCAGAUCGUAAGGGUCGUAGAUCCCAAUUGGUCGUACAGGACUUGACAGAUUAUAGAAAACGGGAUUCUACGGAUGGCUGUGAUGAGCUUAAAACUGUUAGUUUAAUGAUAGAUGAUAGCUUGUUUCAAGAAGUCUUUGGUGAUGGAUUCAAGAACAGCGACAUGGGAAUGGCACCUCAAUUGGGUGAUCCAAUUGAUAUUCGAAUUGGAUUAUGGAAUAAUGGGGUCUGUUGCACUGAGGUUCUAGAUAUUAAAAGGAUUAGUUUGCAAGAAUUGACGAUUUUAAAGGAAUUUUUGAGUUCAGACCUAGGGAAAGAGUUUCUUGGAAUUUAA